UCCCUCACCUCACUUCCACCACUUAUUGGCUGCCAACCCAUCCUUUUCCUCUAACCCUUUCAGCUCACAUCUUAAUCCCUCUUAGACUCCCUCUUUCUCUGCACACGUAGGGAGGUCGAGAAGGUUUGCCCAAAAACCAAACCUUGAUGAUGAUGUUUCAAUCGACCACGACCAUAUCCUUGUUCCUUUUAAACCUUUCUUCAAACUCUCAGUCUCUUUCUCAUCCCUUCUACCUCCACUGGUAUGGAGAAAGCAACAGUGCAUAGUCACCUAACUAAGCCAACUCCGGCGUAUUUUUCAAGAUUCCGACCAAGAUUGAUGCAGAAAUACCUCGGGGGAGUUUUUCCCCAGAUUUCUGGGAAUCGAACCGUGGCCAUCCGGCCAUUUUUCCAGCCGCCUCAGGCCUCAUUUGGACCUCAAACUGGUGUAAUUACUAUUGGAGACUCCAACUUCUUAACUCGAACGGAUGUGGCAUCGCAAGUAACUGUGAGUUUUAGCAUCCGAGCUUUGGUAUCGAUAAGGAUUCUUGGCAAAUCUUGGUAUAAGUGGUUACAUUCGAUGAUAUAAUUCUUAUCCUACUUUACUGUACUUUACUUAUGAGUGUGAAAUAGGUUCAUUCCCGCUCACCAGCGCACUCUUAUAUUUAGGCACUUUCAGGUUUAAAUUUAUUCACAUUUUUCAUAUCACUACACUUAUGGCUUUGUCACCCUUCGGGUAUCGGCCAACACAGCUUGAUUCAGAAUCCAGCUGGACAUUCCGGGUCAAGGUGUGUCAUACCCCAUUGAAAAAGAUUGAGAUAUCUCAUUGUGACGGAAGAAAUUGAUCAACACAAUAUUAUAAGAACUAAGAUAUUGUAGCAAUGAUCAUUCAACAAAAAAUUUGUGACCAAUGGUCUCUAACUUAUCAAAACGUACAAUUAUGGUCCUUUUUGUCAACUCCGUUAGAACUUCAGUUAAAAUGAGUCACGUGCCACACAUGUGAGACUAAAUCAAGAUGCAAAUAUGGAAAACCAAAUGAGAAAAAUUGUAGCAAUGGUCCUUCAAUUUUAAUACAAUUGGAGAAAUGGUCACUCAACUUUAACCCAAUUGGAGAAAUGGUCCCUCAACUUUAACCUAAUUGUUGCAAUAGUCAUUCCAACGUGACUCAUUUUGACGGAGUUGAAUAAAAGGACCAUAGUUGCACAAUUUGAUAAGUUAAGGGAUCAAUGAUCAUAGAUUUUUAGUUGAGGGAUCAAUGACCAUUGCUACAAUUUUGUUUAUAACAAAUAUUGAA